AUGGCGCCGGCAAAGAGCGAAAGUUCUCGCUCCGGCGAUCAAAAUAAUGUCCCUCCGCCACCUCCCCCUCCCCCUACGGGCCCGCAUCCAUCAUUUAUUCAGGUAGCAAAUCCGUAUGUCUUCGAGAAGACUGUACAAGAGUGUCUCGCAGCAACCAGGGUAAAUCCGCAACGGGAGGAUAGCGUUCGACUCCAGGGCAUCACCUGGAUUGAUAAUGUGCGAAAGGCACUCCAUCUCCCAGUGAAGACGUACAAUACAGCAGCUACCUACUUCCACAAAUUUCGCUUGGUACACUCGGACGCUGAGUAUAAUCACAUAGACGCCGCUGCCGCUGCUCUUUUCACUGCAUGCAAAGUGGAGGAUACGCUCAAGAAAUCGCGAGAUAUUCUGUGCACUGCUUACAAUUUAAAGCUAUCACCUGCAGAACAAGCCUCUGCUGAUGACCCUGUUUUUGAAUCCCACUCCCGCAGCAUUAUUGGCCUCGAGCGACUAAUGCUAGAGUCAUCUGGUUUCGAUUUUCGAAGUCGUCACCCGCAGAAAAUCCUCUUGAAGCUUAUAAAGCUGCAUGGCUAUAGAAAAGACUCACAGAUCGCCAGAACUGCCUAUUCAAUAAGUCUUGACUUAUAUCGCACAUUUGCCCCACUCAAGCAAACAUCGGCUACAAUGGCGUUCGCUUGCUUAGAAUUAGCAGGAAGAUUACUAGAUGAACGACUAGAGGAUCUUGAGUCGGACUUGGAGUAUGAACAGUGGCAGACAUCACGGGUAGAAGUGAUGGAAACUAUACUUGAUCUACUUGAACUCUAUACACAUCACCGUAACUCAACCUCGGUCGGGCCUGAUUUCUCCCUUGACACCCUUCUCAACAUUCGCAUCCCCCUAAAUCAAGAGGCUGACUCUAGAAAACUGCCUCGCUACAGCAAUUUUGCCAAACAUUACCCUGACGCCAAUGGCGUACGGGCAUCUAAUGGAUCGAGGAGGGAUAGGGAUAAUCCGCAUAAGGAUAUAGUCGCGCAAACAGCCAAGGAGGCUUCUCGUUUUAACCCUCUCGCGCCAACUGCUGCCCACGAUACGUCCAAUCGGGAGAGAGGUCGAGAUGCUACAAUACGGUUCAUGCUGGACCCGGAACAAGCGCAAGCAGAAAGGUCGACCGUCGAGCAAUAUUUCAAGGUGGAAAUGGAGCAAUAUGAAGUGGAAGAAUAA